UGUUUACAACGGCCACAAUAGCUCGUCACGCGCGUCGCGGCGGUCCGCGAUGACAGGCGAGCAAUAUUUGUUCAGCCGGCCUUCCUGACUCCAUGAAAAGAAAUUCAGUACUGUGUUAAGUUUUAACAUGCGUGUGUCAAACCGAACCUUGUAAUGUGUGAUUUUGUGAACGACAUUCGACAAUGACUUACAAACGUUACAUAUUUUUGAUCUUCGUGCUGAUAGAACCCAGCAGGCAAUGUCCGCCGCAGCUGACAGCGAGCUUCGUGCGCUGGUCUGGUGUGAGCCCCGAUCAUGCUGCUCCAGUAUUCGCGUACACGGCCAGCGGCGCCGAAGAGUCCCUCACUGGCGCCUGCCUGGCCCAGUGCCGGGAGCUCCCCGACUGCGCCGCCGUCCUCGUAGCCUAUAACAAGGGAACCUGCCAUGGGAUCGCCGCUAUGGAGGAGACGAGGUUCCUCGGUGACAGCACCGUGGUGUAUUUCAAGAAGAUCUGUACUAUGUUGCCCGAAGGCUGCGAGCGUCGCUGGUGGUCUGUGGAGAGUACUCCAGGCUAUUACUUCAACUCCGAGGGCCCCGUCAAGAAGGUGGUGGUGAACACCACCGUACAGCAAUGCUACGACCACAUGCUCGAGUCUACCGAGAUAAGAUUCAGGUCAGCGCAAUGGGUAGACCUGAGCAAGUCGUCGUCCAUGUUCAAGAUAUCUGACGGGACGCUGGGCAACUGUAUCCUGAGCGGCGAGAGUAGAGUUACCGAGCCGGAGUCCUACCGCGUCUCCAACUACCGCACCCUGUAUGUCGAGAACCAGUGUGAACAUGACUAUUCGAACAAAAUCGACCGGUGCUCAUACGAAGAAUAUGACAAUCAGACUCUAAAGCAUGUGGACGUUACCUACCACAACAUUACGAGAAUCGAGUGCAAAUCGGCAUGCGAGUCAGAGUCGCGGUUUGUAUGUCGCGGGUUCACGUUCACGGCGAAGGAGGGCAGCAUCUGCGACCUACACAGCGAGGAGCUGGCGGCCGGCUCGUGGCUGCUGCGCCGACUGCCCGCCGCUACCUACUACCGACGCGUUGUGUGCCUUAAUAUAUCCGUGGAAUGCACGGACACGGAUCUGGUGGUAACGUACACGCCGCGUGCGCACUUCAGUGGCGUACUGUACGUGCCUGGGCGAGAGGGGUGCGGUGCGCGGGGGCGAGGCGCGGCGCCUGUGCGCCUCGCACUUCCAUUGGCCGGCGACUGCGACGUUAAUUUUGCGUACGCUAUAAGCAGAGGCCCUAACGGUGUUGUGAACAGGACAAUGGCAUAUGUGAUGCUGAUGAUCCAGAACAACCCCAUCAUCCAGGCGGGAGGGGACCGGUGGGUGCGCGCGGGCUGCUCGCCCGGCGGGGCGAAGGCCUACACCAGGGUCGACGCCGCGGUCUCCGUGCAGGACGCAGGGAGACCAUCGGUGUCGGAGAACAGCGCGAGCGCGGUGUACGAGGCGGGCGCGCCGCUGGCGAUGUACGUGGUGCGGGCGCACGACGCCACGCCCACCGCCGCCGUGUCGCUCGGCGAGCUGUUGGAGCUGCGGAUAGAGACUACUGAGGACAACGAGAUCGAGGCGUACCACCUGGUAGCGUCAUCCCGGCACGGGGACAGCUCCGUGCUGCUGCUGGAUAGUAGAGGUUGUCCAGCUGGACAGGUAGACUUCCCGGCGCUGACGCGUACGUACGUGGACGGCGCGCAGCGGCUGUGGGCGCGGUUCAAGGCGUUCCGCUUCCCCACCUCGCACAUUGUGCGCUUCGUGCUCAUGGUGCGAUUCUGUGACGGCAAGUGCACGCCGGCGAAAUGUUCCAGAGAGGAGCGUAAUACUCGCGGUAACGUUACCUCCGACUUUAGCAAGGACGAGGUCGCCGCUUCUGUGACAGAGGUCCCUCGUACGGCGGCGGAGCUGUGGCGGGCGGAGUGCGGGCGGGCGGGCGGCGGGCGCGCGCCGCUGUCGCUGGAGCUGGUGGUGGGCGCGCGAGACACGCUGUCCGCCGACACGCUCGUGCGUGCUGACCACCGCGCCGCGCCGGAGGAGCCCGCAACUGCUGGCGUGGUGUGCAUGCACGAGCUGCUGCUGGUGGCGCUGGCGCUGGCGUGGCUCGCCGUGCAGGUGCUACUGCUUGUGGGCUGCUGCGUGCUCGUUAAACGGUACCGCAACCUGGCGGAGAUGAGCAUGCACAAGGAGUACCAGGCGUUCGACAACGGCGGCUUCGACACCGUGUCCACGCACCGCCGCGUGCACUGGCCCGACCAGGACAUCGACAUCGUCCGGGGAAAUUGAACCAGUGGCGUAGUCGUGCCCAGCGUUUUGGAGGCCCCCAGCAUAGGCGUGGAGACAAUUCUUUAACACGUUUUACAAGGCCUUUGAUAUAUACAUAAUAAUAUGGUAGAGCUUGUCUUAUUUGAAAAUACGCGCCCCACCACUUCACUAGUUGAUAUAAAUGAAAAAUGUUGUACUGUGAAUACGAAGGAGAG